ACCCGAAGCGGCAGAUUAUUCUGUUUUUUUUUCUUCUUCUCGGACGCGCUGUGAAAUGACGGCCGCGCAGAUAGCGGCUCUGUUUCCGGGCUCCGCUGCUGUCGUCGGCCCGUCCGCUGCUCACAGCCGCGAUUUGAACAAGUGAGUGCGCGAGGCGAGCCGGGCUCCCGUUUCCGGAGCACGCGCCGCACAAGUUUCCGCCUCAUUAAAGUCUCGUCCUGACCCCCAGCUCCGACACAGGAAAUGGGGAGAUGCGUUUCCUUCCACGGCGCUCCUGUUUGUUGUUUGUUUCUCAGGGAGAGUGAGCGACGGAGCGCAGCAUGUCCGGAUGCAGCGAGCUGAGCCUGAGGGAGCUGCCCAUGGAGAGCUGGAUGUCUCACCUGCCAUGCGCCCUGUGGGACACCCCGCUGUACCACCUGGCCAUUCCGGGCAGCCACAACGCCAUAACGUACUGCCUGGACAUGAACGACAGGUCCCCCGUGGACCCCAUGCAGCCGGACAUGCUCCAGAAGCUGGACAAAUACAUGAAGCCCCUCAUUCGCCCUUUUGUGUACAAGUGGGCGAUAACGCAGGAGUUCACCAUAAAGCAGCAGCUGGACUGCGGGGUUAGAUACUGCGACCUGAGAAUCGCUCACAGACCCAACGACCACUCCUCGGACCUGUACUUCUACCACGGCGUUUACACCACGCUCACCGUCGAGAUCGUCCUCACGGAGAUAAAGGAAUGGCUGGACGCUCAUCCCAAAGAGGUGGUGAUUCUGUCCUUCAGCCACUUCCUCGGUCUGAACCCGGAGCUCCACGUCCGGCUGCUCACCAACAUUCGCGACACAUUCGCCUCCAAACUCUGCCCCAAAACGGAGGCGCUAACUCUUCGAAAUCUGUGGGCUUUGGGCUACCAGGUGAUUGUGUCCUACGAACACAGCAUUUCCAGCUCCCACGGCGACCUGUGGCCUCACAUUCCCUACUGGUGGGCCAACAAGUGCAAAGCCGAGGCGCUCAUCGAGGAGUUUGAGGCGCGGAAGCAACACGGUAGACCAGGCGGUUUCUUUGUCACUGGGAUCAAUCUGACGGAGGACCUGAAGUACAUCUGCACCCACCCCACCGAGUCCCUGAAGGACCUGGUGAUGUCCACGUACCCGGCGCUGCUCGGCUGGGUCAGGGAGCAGACGCCCGGCCCCAGAGCGGGCUCCCUCAACAUCAUCGCCGGGGACUUCAUCACAGAGAGCCACUUCGCACCCACCGUCGUCACGCUGAACGAGAAGCUGCUGAAGUGGAACUCGUGACUUCUCGUUCUGCAAAAGCGCCGAGCGUCUGCAGAGGCAGAUCAGACAUCAGAGCAUGAAAAAUCGCCGCACAAGUUUGUUUUGAUCGGAUUGAUGAAAACAUUUAUUCUUUUUACCUCGUGAAUUAUUUAUUUGACUGUGAAUGCACUUACGGGGCUGCAGCGGUGUGCACAUUUCAGUUCAAGCAGACUGUGUUUUGUUUUGUUUUUUUUCUAUGCGCCGACCCGAGCUGCUUUGUUUACAUUCGGUUCGCGCUUUAUGCAACGCGCCGUAUCGGUUUUCACAAGUCAGCACCGAGUUUGACGACUUGCUGACUGAAGCAAUAACGGCACAGCUGAACUCCCCCCACCGCAGGAAGCACAAGCUCUGCUGUCACCGAGGACUCGGAGAGGCAACAGGAACGUUUUUGAGGACUUAUGCCGGUGAAAGCUUCGACACAUCGCAUCACGGAAUGUGGAAACUAUUUAUGCAAGUGUAUGCAAGAAUGCAUGAAGAGGAUUUCUUUGCAUGAGCCCUGCACUGAUUGUUCUGUUUUUAAAAAGUAGCUUUUCGCCUCCAGCUGAGGUGUGAGAAGUGAACGCUGCACCGCCGUGCCUGUGGAGACGAGCUGCUCAAACAUCAAUAAUCCCGAAGGAAACAUUCAGGUCUGGAAUAAGUGAGGGGUAAAUAACAGAGAGAUAUUCGUUAUUGAACUGUUGGAGAACAAAUUGUUCAUGUUACAAUCCAUGAAGUUUAUUUAUGUCUCAUAAUUUGAUUUUGAUUAACAUGCAUCAUUUCUGUCCUCGUGGUUAUAUAGGUUGUUGCUUAUUUUCCAACAGUUGUCAUCUCAAGGCACUUAUGUAAGACGAACACCCACUUUAUAUUCAGAAAUGUAUAAUUAAAGCAGGUGAAAAGUGAUCCGCGUAAGGAAACGUCCUGAGCAGGCAUGUGGCACCGGUGGGAAGGAAGAGCUGAUUUUUAACAGGCUAGGUCCUCAACUAGAACAAGAUGGAUAUUUUUAUUUUAUUCUAUUAUUCUAUCAGUUUUAACUUGUCCUCACACAAGUCAAAGAAGAGAGAGGAUUAAAAAAAUACAAGACAAAACUAGUACAGAACAAUAUUUACAUUUCCAUCAAUGGCAAGAACACAAAGUGGAGACAGAAAAAAGUGUAGUUGAAAGGACAAGAUUAUUACAUGUGUGGUGGAAAAUGACAAUAAGGUCACAUCUGCUAGUCGUAUUGUUAUAUGUUUAUUCCCACCAAGAUAAAGCUAUUUGUGUUACAUGUACAAGGUUGAAAGUCGUUCCCCAGAGCUUUAAGGGAACCUGACCGUUUCCAUGCUGUGGAUCCUUUAUCUGUGUAUUAAAUUUAUGUGUCGUCUCUGCCUGGCAGAGCGCUUCAUCCAGUACUUGCUUGAUUAUUGAUUGUCUUCUGAGCUCUCUGAGUUGUGCACAAUUUAUGAAUAAACUUGAUUGAGUGAUUUUACCUGAA